AUGGAACUGACGAGGUUGCUGCUGCCGCCGCUGCUCUUCAUCCUCGGCGUGUCGCUGCAAGGAUGCAUUGCGCAGGGCGGGGACGGAGGAGGGCUCACGCGGGGGAGCUUCCCAAAGGGAUUCGUCUUCGGCACAGCCUCCUCCGCUUACCAGUACGAGGGAGCGGUGAAGGAGGACGGGAGAGGGAAAACCAUCUGGGACAAGUUCGCGCACACGUUUGGGAAGGUUGCCGACUUCAGUAAUGCUGAUGUCGCAGUAGAUCACUACCACCGUUUCGAGGAGGAUAUACAGCUCAUGGCAGACAUGGGGAUGGACGCGUAUCGGUUUUCAAUUGCCUGGUCGAGGAUUUUGCCAAAUGGUACUGGCCAAGUCAAUCAGGCCGGCAUCGACCAUUACAACAGAUUUAUCGAUGCACUGCUAUCGAAAGGGAUUGAGCCAUAUGUAACCCUGUACCACUGGGACCUCCCCCAGGCCUUGGAAGACAGGUACAACGGAUGGCUGGACAGGCAGAUAGUCAAUGAUUUCGCCGAAUACGCCGAGACAUGCUUCAAGGCUUUCGGAGACCGUGUGAAGCACUGGAUCACGCUCAACGAGCCGCACACAGUUGCCAUUCAGGGCUACGAUGCCGGGCUUCAGGCACCGGGGCGCUGUUCUUUGCUGCUCCAUCUGUACUGCAAGUCAGGGAAUUCAGGCACCGAGCCCUACAUUGUCGCCCACAACUUCAUCCUGGCUCAUGCGACGGUUUCAGACAUCUACAGAAGGAAUUACAAGGCAACUCAGAACGGAGAACUUGGGAUAGCAUUUGACGUCAUGUGGUUCGAACCGAUGACGAAUACUACUGCCGACAUCGAAGCUGCCAAGAGAGGGCAGGAGUUUCAGCUAGGAUGGUUCGCGGAUCCUUUCUUCUUUGGCGAUUACCCUGCAUCGAUGAGAUCACGGGUCGGGGACAGGCUCCCCAAGUUCACAGCAGAUGAGUCUGCCCUCGUCAAGGGGGCGCUUGACUUCGUUGGCAUAAACCACUACACCACUUACUACACCAAGCACAACAGCACCAACCUCGUGGGGCGUCUCCUGCAUAACACCUUGGCAGACACCGGGACCAUCAGCCUUCCAUUCAGGAAUGGGAAAGCCAUUGGUGACAGGGCCAAUUCGAUAUGGCUGUACAUCGUGCCCAGCGGGAUGAGGAGCCUGAUGAACUACGUCAAGGAAAGGUACAACAGCCCACCGGUUUACAUCACUGAAAAUGGGAUGGACGACGGCAGCAGCCCUUUCACUUCCAUCAAGGACGCCCUCAAGGACAGCAAGAGGGUCAAGUACCACCACGACUACCUCACCAGCCUGGCUGCCUCCAUAAAGGAGGACGGGUGCGACGUGCGUGGCUACUUCGCGUGGUCACUGCUGGACAACUGGGAGUGGACGGCUGGCUACUCCUCCAGAUUCGGGCUCUACUUCGUGGACUACAAGGACAGCCUCAAGAGAUACCCCAAGAGCUCGGUGCAGUGGUUCAAGAACUUGCUGGGCUCUAGCUGA